UUUUGUUUCUUUUCCUUCGCCCCUCAUCAUCUGCUCGGUUCGACAGAGAUGGAAGAAUCUGCGAGGCAGAUGCACCACCACAGUCUCCCCAUGAACAUACCAAGUCCCUUUAAACAGGGCCGAACCGUGUAGACCCGACGGCAGAAGCAGCGACCCUCCCUCCGCCCCCUCCAGGUGUCCGAAACAUGGCACUCAGCUCGGGCAGCUGGGCUCUCCCAGCCCCGGUGCCCGCCUCGUCCCAGCAGCCUGCGUGCAGCGGGCCCGGGCCGACGGCGUGCUGCAGCACGGUCCUGAUGUCCGUCCGCGUCUCGGUGUCCCACUCCGGGAUCAGACCCCUCUGCCUACCCGGAGCGGGCAGCGACUCUCUGCGGCUGCAGCUCAGCAUGGACCCGAACCUGGCCGGAGAGUUCCGACUGGCUCUGCGAGACACGAGCGGAAACCGCAGCGUGUUCAUCGCGGAGUUCGACCUGCGCUCGGUGCAGUACGAGGUCAAAUCGUCCCGCUGCCACGAGAUGCGCCUCGCUGCUUCGCCCCACGACUGCAUCCGCUUCAACUUCCGCUGCGACCGCGAGGCCGAGGCCUGGUCCACCGUGGUGAUAUCGUCACUCAGGGAGGCGCACAGAGUGGCAAACCUGAUCGCCUGUGAGUCAGACGGCAAACACAACUCCGACGCUGCGGGGGAUCAGAGGAGCUCGGCCUCUCUGCCGCUCUGUGAAGAGCUGUGCUCGGAGCUGUCCAGGGCGAUCGAAGCAGGCGACAUCCAGGCUGCCUCCCAGCACGCGUCCACGCUGGCUCGACAGAAGGCGGUUCUGACCAUACAGCCGUCCCAGAAGAACUACACAGAUGGAGAAAUCAGUUUAUCCGUGGUGGUGGAGGACGCCUCCUCUUCCUGCUGCGUCACAGUCAUCGUUUUCCCCUACAUGUCCGUGGCCACGCUCAAGCAGCAGGUCUUCCUUGAGUACGGUUUCCAUCCGCGCGUGCAGCGCUGGGUGAUCGGCCAGUGCCUGUGCGCCGAUCCGAGGUCGCUGGCCUCGUACGGGGUUCAGAAAGACGGCGACACGGCGUACCUUUACCUGAUCUCUGCCAGGCAAGCCCGCGUCACACGGCAGCUGUUCCAGCAGGACCUGGAGAACUCCCUGGUGGCUUCGCCGCUGCCGCCAGGAAGCAGCCUCACCUCCCAGGUGUGGAGGGCCUACAGCACCCUGCCGUCGAAGCUGCCCCACAACAACCAGGAAACGGGAGGAGCCAACAAUAAAGCAGGUGACAUCAAAGACGUCCUUGAUUUUGAGAAGCUGCAGCUGAGCGAUCACGCCAACAAAGCCAGCAAGACACAGACGGACUGGGCCUGUCCCUCGUGCACUUUCAUCAACAAGCCAUCUCGCCCGGGAUGCGAGAUCUGUGCCACCGCCAGACCGGACGUGCAGAGCUGCAUCAAGCAGGAGAAAGGACGGAGAGAGGAUCGCAGAGAACCUGGUUCGAGCAGCAGCUGACUGCCCGUCAUCGCCCUCUGGAUUCUGUUUCCCGCUCACUCCAACACACACACAUGCACACGCACGUACACAGAAAGAGUGAGAAGCUUAGAUCUGCGACACACUUGGUGGCAAAACACUCAGAGAGAGAGAGAGAGAAAAGUACACUGAUGGCCAUUUGACAAGCCAUGACAUGACCGUGACGUACAUCUCAUGUGGUUAGACCUCGUUGCUAUUUAUUUUAGAAUGAACGUGUGUGUGUGUGUUUGUGUGUGUGUGUGGCGAAAAAAAGACAACAAAGAUGAGGGAAUGCCACUCGUAGCGUCCGCCAACUGUGAAGAGGUUGAGAGGCGAUGCCCUGUGCGACGUCCUGUUCGGUCUGGUAACCCGCCGCGUGCAGCGCUGGUGCCAAAAACGUUGGUUAGAAACGAGAGGAAAAGGCACGGGUCGUGUACAGGGUUGUAUUUAGUGUAAUAUUUUUACCCAGAUGCAUUAAAUAUGAUGUGAUGUAAAUUUCAAAGCAUAGUUUAAUUGUUUAACUGAUUUCCUCCGAGCUGUGAAAGCGAGGACGGAUUCACUUUCACGGCGUAAUCUAUAUAUAUAUAUAUAUAUAUAUAUAAAGGAAGGAAUCUGCCUGCGUGUCUGUCUUGUUUGUUUGGCUUCCUCCAGACUCCUGCGAGCUUCCUCACCGCUGCGUUGAUCCAAAUAAAUGCUGUUUUAAAGAUCCAAGCUUUUUGCCUUGCGGCUUAAUGCUCUCUGUGAAUAAAGCUGGUGUUUAAGUU